ACUCGGCAAGUAAUCUCAGUCGUGGGGAUGGGAGGGCUGGGGAAAACUACAUUAGUGAAGCAAGUUUACGAAGAUCCAGAAGUGAAGAAACAUUUCAUGAUCCGUGCUUGGAUGACUCUUUCUCAAUCUCCAAACAUAGAAGAGCUCCUUCAAGGCAUGGUUCGACAAAUUAUGAGGCAUACCCAAGAACCAGUUCCUCCUCUGGAGUACAACAUGGACAGAUUAUGCCAGAAGAUGAUUAUCAAGGACCUGCUACAAAAUGCAAGGUACCUGAUCAUCGUAGAUGAUGCGUGGCACAUAAAUGAUUGGGAUGCGAUCAAACAUGCAUUGCCUAACAACAACUGUGGCAGCCGAAUAAUCAUCACAUCCAGGAAUUCUGAUUUGGCAUAUACUUCAUGUGGGGAAUUCACAGGGAUGGUUUACAAGAUGGGGCCACUGCCAGCUGAACAGUCAUGGAAGCUUUUCUGCGCAAAGACUUUUCAGGGAAACUCAUGCCCUCCUCAUCUAGAGGAGACCUGUAGGCUUAUUCUAAGAAAGCGUGAGGGAUUGCCACUUGCUAUUGUGGCCAUCAGUGGUGUUUUGGUUUCAAAAGACACAAGAGAAAAGAAUGAAUGGGAUCUAGUUCAUCGCAGUCUUCGUACUGAAAUCGAUUGCAAUGACAAAUUCAAAGCCCUGAAGAGAGUCCUUUCACUUAGUUUUGAUGACCUGCCAUACUACUUGAAGUCCUGUUUCUUGCACUUGAGUGUAUUUCCCAGGGGUUACCUCAUUAAGCGUGGGAGAUUGCUUCGAUUAUGGAUUGCAUAAGGAUUUGUUGACAAGAAAGAAGGCAUGAUGGAAGAAGAAGUAGCCCACAGCUACUUAAAUGAGCUCGUGAGCAGAAGUCUAGUAGAGAUGGCUAUCAAAACAAUCGAUGGAAGGAUCGAGUAUUGCCGUGUCCAUGAUUUUCUGCUGGAUAUUAUUACUUCAAAGUCGAGCACCCAAGGCUUUGCAGAAAUAGCCAUAGAAAAACAUCAUAAAUGGCCUGACAAAGUUCGUCGCCUAUCUAUACAGAACAGCCUGCAAUCUAUCCAGCAGAAAAGGUCAUUGUCUCAACUCCGUUCUUUAUACAUGUUUGGGGUAGAGAGAUCUUACACGGAUGCUGUUCUAGGUAGUGAAAUGAGAUUGCUCACUGUUGUGGACUUGCAAACUCCUUCUUUGACAAGGUUCCCAGCUCAAUUUGCCGAGUGGUGCUUCCUAAGAUAUCUAAGUUUCAGGGGUAGCAAGGUGAGAGCUGUUCCAAAUUCCGUAGGGAAGCUUCAAAACCUAGAGACCCUAGACCUUAAAAAUACACAUGUCACAGAAUUGCCAGUCUUUAUCUUGAAGCUCCAACGACUUCGCCAUCUAAUCAUGUUACAUCAUAGAAAAGCACCUUACCCAUGGUUUAGGUAUGGCUUCAAGUUCCUAGAAGAAAUGGUGGCUCUACAGUUCCUGCAAAAGCUCUACUACAUAGAAGCUGGUGACAAGAGAAACAGCAGCUUAAUGAGAGAGCUUGGAAAGUUGAAACAAUUGAGUAAGUUAGCCAUCUUGAAGUUGAGAAAAGAACAUGGAAGGGAAUUGUGCUUAUCGAUUGAAAAAUUAACCAAGCUUCAAUCAAUAUCUCUAACUUCAGUCAACGAAAAUGAGAUUAUUGAUCUACAACCCCUCUCUUCUCCACCUCCAUUUCUCCGGAGAAUAAACUUGGCAGGAUGUCUGGACGCAUUACCACAUUGGAUAUCAUCUCUUGAUAGCCUGAUGGUAUUGGAGCUGCGAUAUAGUCGGCUAAAGGAUAAUCCACUGUCAUCUCUUGGGAAUUUGCCUAAUCUUGUGUGUCUCGAGUUGGUUCAGGCUUAUGAAGGAACCAAGUUGCGUUUCAACGCCAACAACUUCAUGAAGCUACGGAUUCUGGUCCUUGGUCCGUUUGAAAGACUCGAGCGUGUGGAAGUGGAGAAAGGAUCAAUGCCUUGUCUUGAGGAUUUGACUAUGGAGAGUUGUAAGCUAAUGGAGAAGCUUCCAUCCGGUAUUGACCACCUGGAAAAGCUGGAAGUGCUGAAGUUUAUUGACAUGCCUGAUGAGUUAGUGAAGAAACUUAGGCGGGAUGGACAAGAUGAUGAUUACCUGAAAGUGGCCCAUGUUCCAGAAGUAUAUUAUGGUUACCGGAGAGAUGGGGGAUGGCACGUCGUGCUCACCAAAGCAUUUGUAUGAGUGUUGAAUUUCCUCCGUGCUCAAAAUGAGCAGCUGAGCCUAGAACGCGUGUAAUACUUCUCAAGAGGCACGAGUCAUUGAACGACUUAUCAUAGAAAAUAGUUGUUCCUUUGUGAUAAAAAUUUGAACACGUAGUCCAAGGUUUCUAUGGGUCUGUAAAUGACAAUUAGUGGCUGGUUCGCAUCAUUGUGCAACGUCCCUUUUCCUUAGAUAAGAGAAGGGUCUUAGUGGGAUGGUGUAUAUUCACUUUGAACUUCUUGGAGGAUAUGCAAAUUUAAGAUGAAACUCUGCUCUUGUGAGAAACCUAUUAAAUGUUUGUCACCAACUUAUAUGAUUACUUGACUA